GAGAGGCGCCGCCAGGGCCCAGGGGCUCGUCCUGCCGUGGUCGCCGGGCGGCCCCCCCUGCCGUCCCGGGGUGUUUCCCCGAGGCCCGGGUCCCCAGAGGGCGGUGCGGAGCCCUCCUCCUGAGCGGGGUAGGGGUGGAGUGGAGGGUUGUGGCCCCGUAGCCGGACAGGGUCCGUUAGCGGCCUCGGCGGCGACAGGGGAGCCUCUCCCGAGGCCCGAGCGGCCCGAGCCCGUUUCGUUUCGGCGGCGUCUCUGCCUCGCUGCAUUUGCGAGAGCUUCCGAGUUGAGGCUGCUUUUGUCGGGCCCUUUUCAGGAAGCCUUGCAAGCAGGAGUCUCUACCUCCCUGCGUUGGAUUGCUUGCUGGGGAAAUAAAAAAUACUUUAAGCGUAGUGAGUUGGCCAAGAAGGAAGAAGAGGCAUAUUUUGAAAGAUGUGGUUGCAAGCUUGUAAACGAGAAGCCACCAGGAGAGGUUCAGCAGGAAGAGGAAGAGGAGGAGAAGACAAUAACUGCAUCAAAUCCAGUCCUGGAACUAGAGUUGGCAGAGGAGAAGCUGCCUAUGACUCUUUCUAGACAAGAGGUCAUGCGGAGAUUGAGAGAACGGGGUGAACCUAUCAGACUUUUUGGAGAAACAGAUUAUGAUGCCUUUCAGAGGCUGCGAAAGAUAGAAAUUCUAGCGCCAGAAGUCAACAAGGGAUUAAGGAAUGACCUGAAGGCUGCUUUGGAUAAGAUUGACCAGCAGUAUCUGAAUGAAAUUGUAGGUGGGCAGGAACAGGGAGAGGAUGAUACACAGAAUGAUCUCAAAGUCCAUGAAGAGAACACAACAAUUGAAGAAUUGGAGAUGCUUUCAACAGAGCUUCCACUCUCAGAUUCAUGGAUUUCUGUACAGGCUUUGGGAGAAUCUUUAGGACAAGGGGAUGACCAUAAAGACAUGGAUAUCAUAACCAAAUUCUUGAAGUUUCUUCUUGGAGUCUGGGCUAAGGAGUUGAACGCCAGAGAAGACGAUGUGAAGCGGGGUGUACAAGGCAAACUGACCAGCGCCACUCAGAAGCAGACAGAAUCCUACCUGAGACCUCUCUUCAGAAAACUUCGGAAAAGGAAUAUCCCUGCCGACAUCAAGGAAUCAAUAACGGACAUUAUCAAGUUCAUGCUGCAAAGGGAGUAUGUGAAGGCUAAUGAUGCCUAUCUGCAGAUGGCCAUUGGGAAUGCCCCCUGGCCUAUCGGCGUCACUAUGGUGGGCAUCCAUGCGCGAACUGGUCGAGAGAAGAUUUUCUCAAAGCAUGUGGCUCAUGUUCUGAAUGAUGAAACUCAGAGGAAGUACAUCCAGGGCUUGAAGAGGCUGAUGACCAUUUGCCAGAAACAUUUCCCUACCGACCCAUCCAAAUGUGUGGAGUACAAUGCGCUGUGACAAUGUGGAUACGCAGGUUGUGAGAGAAGAAAGCAAUCUCUGAACUGCUCUCAUUUUGGGAAUUGGAGUGAGCUGCGGUGCGAGAAGAAAGGCAUGCAGCUUUACUGAGGCUCAGUUGUACAGAUCACAUUCAUUUUGCCUUUUGAUGAACUUUUAUGUCUUCUUCAAGUCUUGGGCUGGAAUAUGUUGCAGGCUUGUCUCGCUAGCUUUAAUUGAGGACACGUUUGUAGAUGUGUGUGUUUUCAUUUAAUUUUUAUCAGAGCAAGAGGUUCAGUUCUGCCUUGCCUUUGAGAUUUUGAGCCUUGCUUUAUAAGGACUGAUUUCAUCAGUUUUGAAACAUGAGUUGUAUUUAUCAUUGUACAUAGGACCAUUUUAAUUUCUUGGGACUUCAUUUAUAGAAAAAAUAUAUUUCUAAUAAAUCCACCCAAGCUUUUGAUUGA